AUGAAGUUCACUGGGUUGACCAUUUCACUCGCACUCGCUGCCUUGGGCUACUCUGCCGCUCUUCCCAGCCUUGGAAAUGUGGGAGGCACUGUAUCUGGUAUUGAGGGUGCUGUUGGUGGUGUCACAGGCGUCGCUGCUAAGUUUGUUGCGCCUGUCACCUCCACCACUAGCGGCCUCACUGGUGGCCUCACUGGCGCCCUCAAGCGUGACGGUACUGCUGCUCUUGGCGAGACAGUCAACACCAUCCCACGCCUUGCUAACAGCGCUGUUACCCUUGCUGGUACUACUGUUGGUACGGGUGAAAGCAUUGUCUCUGAUGCCGCUGGCACUGCCGAAAAUGCCAUCGCUGACGCCAGGCCCUCCCACAAACGUCAACUCAAUGACCUUGUUGGUAUUCCUUUCGGAGGCGCCGUUCCUUCCAUUAUCCACGAAGCCAAAGCUGCCGACCUGACUGGUGCCGUUGGUACUGCUGAGCACGUCAUUGACGGUGUCAAUCCAGCUGCGAAGCGUCAGCUCGACGACCUUGUUGGUAGCACUCUUGGAGGCGCCAUUCCCGCCAUUCCCGCCAUUCCCGCCAUUAUCCAAGGAGGCAAGCCUGGAGGCCUGGCCGGUGUCCUCAAGCGCGAUGGAACUGCCGCGCUUGGGGAGACCAUCGAAACCAUUCCCAACCUUGCCAAUAGUGGACUUGCCAUCGCUGGCAAUGCCGUUGGUGCCGGCGAAAGUCUUGUUUCUGGCGCCUCUAGUACCGCACAGAACGCUGUUGGUCAUGAUUAG